AUGCGAAACAGGAGCACCUAUGCAUGUGUGAGCAAGCAUACCAAGUGUCGUGACAGUAGUUGUAGCAAAGAUGUCAAGUGCGUUGACGGAGGCAUGCCAUCAAGAGAUGGCUAUGAAUGCAACUGCAUUAAUGGCUAUCCAGGCAACCCCUACAUUCCAGAUGGCUGCUCCAACGACAAAGGUUAUAAUCCAUUUCCAAGCAGAACUAAUUGUACAAGUCAGUGCGGUAACAUUAUUGUACAAUUCCCAUUCGGCUUAGAAGAUGGCUGCUUUGCAAGAGAAGAGUUUCACCUCAAUUGCACAAAUAUGACGUCAUCUGCUGUCCUAAAGAUGUCUGAUUCUCAGGUAAUCGGCAUGAAUGUUACUGAAGGGACCAUUAAGCUCACGGAACGUGAAGCAGUAUACGCCAUAUUUGGAGGAGGGCGCAAUCUUUUUGUUGGUUUUGAGCUGUCUGUGAAAUGGGCUGCUGCUAAUCUAAGUUGUCUAGAGGCCCAACAGAAUAGAUCUGGAUAUGCUUGUGUGAGUAUGAACAGCAAGUGUGUAGCGGUCAACACUGCAGACAACUACAUUGGUUACCGCUGCAUAUGCUCAGAAGGCUUCCAAGGGAAUCCAUACAUUCAAAGUGGCUAUCAAGAUGUUGAUGAAUGUCGUGAACCAAACAUUUGUAAGGGAAUCUGCCAUAAUACCGAAGGAAGCUUCAAUUGUACUAGUUGUCCUCGGAAAACUGAAUAUGAUGCAGGAAAAAUGAGGUGUACUACAACGAAACAACAGACUCUGAUUUUAGGUAUUAUUAUUGGGUUGUCUUGUGGCUUCAGCAUUCUAUUUUUGAGCUUUACUACACUAUUUCUCGUGAGAAGACAGAAAACAUAUGUUAAAAAACAAAUACGGAAGAAAUGUUUCAGGAAGAACCAAGGUCUUCUUCUUGAAAUGUUGAUGUCAUCAGAUGGAACUACUGAAAAUGACAAAUCAAGGAUUUUCUUGUUAGAAGAACUAGAAAAAGCGACAAACAACUUUGAUCCUACAUGUGUCAUCGGACGUGGGGGCCAUGGCAUUGUUUACAAAGGCAUAUUAUCUGAUCAACGCGUCGUUGCAAUAAAAAAGGCUAUGGUCAUUGAGCAGUGUGAGAUUAGUCAAUUCAUCAAUGAGGUCGCAAUCCUCACUCAGAUAAAUCACAGAAAUAUUGUAAAGCUCUUUGGAUGUUGUCUUGAAACUGAGGUCCCAUUGUUGGUGUAUGACUAUGUAUCCAGUGGCUCACUGUCUCAAGUUCUUCAUGCUGAUUCAAGUGAUGGUUUUUCUCUGUCUUGGGGUGACUACUUAAGGAUUGCCCUGGAGACAGCUAGAGCUCUAUCUUAUCUCCACUCUUCAGCUUCAAUAUCAAUCUUCCAUCGUGAUGUGAAGUCCUCAAAUAUUCUCCUGGACGAGAACUACACAGCUAAAGUUUCAGAUUUUGGUGCUUCUAGACAGGUUCCAAUUGAUCAAACACACAUUUUUACCAAUGUACAAGGUACAUUUGGGUACUUAGAUCCAGAGUAUUUCCAUACCAGACAGCUGAACGGGAAGAGCGACGUGUACAGUUAUGGUGUGCUACUAGUGGAGUUGCUUCUCAGAAUGAAGCCUAUUUUCACAAGUGAAUCGGGCACAACCCAGAACUUGUCAAAUUAUUUCCUUCAGAAGUUGAAGGAUGGAAAAAUCACAAGUAUUGUUAGUUCUCAAGUCCUUGAGGAAGCAACUGAGGAAGAGAUCAGGAGUGUUGCCUCUCUCGCAGAGGCGUGCUUAAGGCUACACGGUGAAGAAAGACCCACGAUGAAACAAGUGGAGAUGGAGAUGCAGACUCUGCGAACGAAACGGGAGAGCUCAUGUCAAGCAGGUCCGAGAAAUGAAGGACGGACACAACCAGGAUCACUAACUCGAAGAAGUUCUAAAGCUGCUCGCCAAUCAUCUGCUAUGAUAUUUGGUGAGAGAAUCAAUUUAUGGUCAGGAGACAGCCAGCAAUGCUAUAGCUUGGAGCAGGAGUUCAUGUCAUCUGCUACUAUACCGCGGUAG